AUGACAAACUUAAAUUAUCUUUCGCUAUUUUUAGCAACUACCGUAUUUGUGGUUAAUAACGCAGGACCAACCAUCCUUCAUGGCAAUGCAUCAUAUUAUGGAGCAUCGACACCAAAAAUUCCGGGACGUUCAAAACUCUUUGUCGAUCUCAAAAAUGAUAGAGGAAAAGUACUGGCUAAAUCAAGUUCAAAUGCUAAAAAAUUUCCCAUCAAAUUUCAACUAAAAUAUUCUGCGGAUAAACUGGAUAAAAACAGUAAUUAUUCAUUAACUGCAUCAAUUAAAUCUGCUAAUAAGAAGUUAUUGUACGCAAACAAUGUUGAUAUGCCAUUGAUUUUAUACGGAAAUAGUAAAACGACUCAUGUUCAUGUGCAAAUGGUUGAUUCAGUUCCAUCGUAUGCUAAAUAUCGCAAAGGUGUAAUCCAUAAUAUAAACGAUUUGAAAGUGUAUGAUGUGGGGCAAAAUUCAUCCUCAUCAUCCAUGGCUGUAAUCAUCCUCUAUGAUGCAUUAGGAUUUAAUAUUGAACAAACAAGAAUGUUUGCUGAAAGAUUAGCAGCUGAAACAAAUGCACGAGUAUUAAUGCCCGACUUCUUUCGAGGUAACGCAUUGCCGUACAGCGCAUUGCAUCCAUACCAACCCAAGGUUGUCACUACUUGGAUAGAAAAAUCACCCUCGUGGACAAUGAUUGAAAAAGAGCUUAAAAUGUUAUCGAAAGAACUGAGAGCUAGUGGAAAAAUUAAGAAGUUAGCUGUGAUCGGUUUUUGUUGGGGUGGUUUUCAUGUAGUCAAAGCCUGUAGUGAGCCUCAACUGGUCGAUUCGGGUAUCAGCAUUCACGGCUCAAUGUUAAAUAUGACUAACCCCAACCAAAUACAAAAGCCAAUCAUGUUUUUGAAAGGAAACAAUGAUCCGUCAUUAAACGAAAUCAAAGCCGUUCUGGAUAAAAAACCAUUUGGAAGUAAAUGUGAAUACAAGAACUAUGAGAAUAUGGCUCAUGGUUUUGUAACAGCGAAAGCAAAUUUUCACUCGAAAGAAAAUGUAGAAGCGAUCGAUGAUGUUCAUCAAAAAUGUAUUAAAUUUCUUAAAAAUACUACAUAA